AUGGCCCAGAUCAAUACUCCCUUCACUUUUAAAGUCAAGAGACAUGCACCAGAGCUUAUCCGUCCGGCUAAGCACACCCCACAUGAACUAAAGCUUCUAUCUGACAUUGAUGAUCAAGAUUUUCUUCGAUUUCAAAUACCUGUGAUUAUGUUUUAUCGUGAGAAUCCAAAAAUGAGAAAUAAGAAUCCAGUGAGUGUGAUAAAGGAGGCUCUGGCGAAGGUUCUAGUCUUUUAUUAUCCGUUUGCUGGCAGGCUCAAGGAAGGUCCUGCAAAGAAGCUAAUGGUGGAUUGCAGCGGUGAAGGUGUGUUGUUUAUUGAAGCGGAUGCGGAUGUGACGCUGACGCAAUUUGGAGAGUCACUUCACCCUCCGUUUCCAUGUGUAAACGAGCUGCUUUAUGAUGUUCCUGGAUCUUCUGGCAUCCUCGAUUCGCCGUUGCUGCUAAUUCAGGUGACACGACUUUUAUGUGGAGGUUUCAUCUUUGCUUUACGACUCAACCACACCAUGAGUGACGCAUUUGGAAUCGUUCAAUUUUUGAGAGCAUUAGGUGAAAUGGCACGGGGUGCGUCGUCACCAUCAACUUUGCCUGUGUGGCAAAGGGAGUUCCUAAACGCAAGAGAUCCACCACGUGUGACAUGUACUCAUCACGAAUUUGAUGAAUUUAUAGGCACCAGAAAGGAUAUAACCAUCGGAAUGAAUAACAUGGUUCUAAAAUCAUUUUUCUUUGGGCCCGUUGAUUUGUCAGCCUUACGUAAAUUUGUUCCACAACACCAUAAAACUUGCUCUGAUUUUGAGGUACUAACAACUUGUUUAUGGCGUUGUCGUGUCAUUGCUCUACAGUUAGAUCCUGAAGAGGAGACAAGGAUUAUAUUUGCUGUGAAUACACGUACAAAAUUUAGUCCUCCCCUCCCAAUGGGAUAUUAUGGAAAUUGUUUUGCCUAUGCCAUUGCCAUUUGCACUGUUUUUGACCUAUUAAACAAACCUUUUAGCAAUGCGUUAGAGAUAGUGAUGAAGGCAAAAUCUAGUGUCAACGAAGAGUACAUGAGAUCUCUUGCUGACCUGUUGGUAAUCAAAGGACGACCCAAUCUCACAGUUUUACAACACUAUGUUGUCACAGAUGUGACACGUGCUAGAUUUGAUGUUGUUGACUUCGGGUGGGGGAAGGCGGACUAUGGAGGGCCUGGAGCUACAGGCCUUGUUGAUUCUAGUUUCUAUCUUCCAUACACAAACACUAAGGGUGAGUUUGGAAUUAUGGUGCCCAUAUAUUUGCCAAAUGUUGCGAUGGAAAAGUUUGUCAAAGAGUUAAAAUAAGAUGUUGACGGGAGAUAACAGCCACGAAGUACUUUCCAAACUAUAAAUUUCACGUUUUGAUUCUAAUAGACUAGGUAGUAAGAGCCCUUUUACUUUAAAAAGAAGCUCUUAAUACGAAUUUGUAAUUGAAAUGGCACUUGUUUUUAAUUUAAUAAACAUACUUUAGCAUAGUUUUUGUAAACAAAUUUCAUAUACGAGAAUAAAA